CGAGAUGAAAUAUGGCGGCCUAUUUUCAAAACAAAGAGACAGUCGGUGGAAAAAAUAAUGAAUCAUUAUGACAAACAAACAGGUCUGGUUUUCACUUCCUAUUGAUCCUGGGAUAGAGGACAACUGUGAAGGGUUCCCCACCAGGUCAUUAGAGGGUCAGUUCUCCGUGUCCAGUUUAUCCCAGCAGACCAUCAGAUCAAGAGAAAUUAACAGACUGAAUUACUGCCAGUCCCUUAACCCAGGACCUGUCCCUCGGCUAAAUCUGAACCAUCAGGAAAAUACCCACACCAUUCACACAUUUAAUCUAUCAGCCAGGAGUUCAUUAUCUGCAUAUUCUGAUCGGCUUUCACAGGUGUCUAUAGAAUUAGAAUCGGCAUCUUUGUCACAGAUUUCUUUAGAAGACACAAUUAGCUCUAAUUAUCCUAGUGUAGAGAGAUUGGAAGCUGCAGAAUAUAAAGAUACUCGUCAUGCCAGUGAGGCCAGUGUGAAAUAUAAAAUAAACAAUAUGGAAAACAAUGGGAGGUCAUCCAUAGAUUCUGGGGCAAUGAAUCAUACGGGAUCCACGAAUGAUAGUCAUAACGGAGAUUCCAGUCGGGCUUCACCACUCCGCGGAUUAUCCUCUGAUGAAGGAUCUGGAUGGAAGUCGGAAACAACAGAGAACUCUGAUGGUAACCUUAGUCUAUCUCAGUAUGCUAUUGGCGGGGAUCACUCAGAAGAAGAUUCACCUCAGAACAGUGUCCAAGAGGAGUUUUUAACAUCAGCUAUCUCAGAGGUCUCAAAGGACUUCAUCUCUGGUAACUUCUCCCCCUCUAAAUACCCAGGGGCCUCAGCAGAAAGUGACAGUUUGUCAGACGGGGAUAAUCAGGGGCAUCUGUCUGGGGCCGUGUAUGCGCGGUAUCCAGAAUCUGCCACUGGAAUGUCAGACUGUGAAUGGAAUCCAUAUGCCACAGAAUCAGAUACCAACCACACACCACGAUCUAACGUUAGUGAAGCAAUUACAGCUACCACAACAAUUACCACUACUGCUCCAUUGAAAGACAUUGACUUUAUGGCUAAAGAAGACAGACUUGAAGAAAUUUAUGCUCAACAACUAUCAAGAAACAAUUCUUCCACAAAGAGAAACUCACCACCGAGCCCCAGUGCUAAGUCUUCAGAUUCAGGAAAUGGGAGUGUGAAGUCGUCAUUGAAAGAGGAGGAUGUCAAUUAUCGCCAGCCAUCUGCAUCAUAUGUGCUCUACUCCACAGAAGUCAAGUCCACAAGUUCUCAAGGGAAGAUUUCAGCAUCAGAGAGUGAUUCAACUGUGAGAGCCUCUGUAGGGUCUAGUAACUCUGACUCUUACAAGUUAACAUCUAAUCCGUUUAUACCUAGCAGCUACAAGGCUUCAAAGUCAGAUUCUCAAGUUACUCAGAAAUACGAUCACCAGAGACCAGAGCCACUUGGAGGCCGAUCUGAUGAAUGUUUAUAUGCAAAGAGAACAACCUCUCGUGACCCAGUAAGGGCAACAGUAUCAAGAGGUGGGUCAGAUUUCAAACUUACAGAUUCUGAAGGAUAUCUACCUGUGGAUGAAAGAAGUAAGUUACUAAGCAAACCACAAACUUUUGAUCCUCCCAUGGAAAAGUCGGAUCUCCAGACAAAGUCCCAGGGAGGUAGAUCCACAGAACAGCUGGAUAUUUCUCAAGGUUUGGAGGAAGAUGCUUUGUCUCAGAGAGUAGCAAAACUGUUGAACAGCGCUAAUGAACUGGGUUCUUCUCUUCAUCAGAGUCUGUAUAGCAAGGAAGCGUUAGGAAUGAAUGACAGGGAAGACUUCCCAAAGUACAAGUUCUCUCCCGUACGAUCUCAGUAUCCAGGGCUGUCUACUCCGAGCCCCACAAUGGGAAAUUCAACUCAGGAAGAUUUGACAAAGUCAGCCAAAUCAAUGGCAUCCGAUGCAAGCCUGAGGUCAUCACUAGGGGAAGAAGUUGCCAAGCUUCUUGCUCGUACAGAAAACAUUCCUGGUAAUAAACGCAAUGAAGAUGUGUCUGCUGCCAGUGAACCAAGCAGUAAGACAUUUAUACCAAUUCCUCAGGAAACUCAGGCUGACAUUGAACCUGACAGUAGAAAAAGGAAAACUGCAGCAAAUGGGCAUGCCAGGCAUGAAUCUGAGGACAGCCAGAAGUCGGAAGAUUCACUGGACCAUAAAGUAAAGGAGAUUUUACAGAGAACAUCUUACGUGGAGAAGAAGCAGGUUCCAAGAAAGGUAGACCCCUCAACCCUGGAUUACUCACGUUUACAGAAGGAUUUACAGGAGAUACAGAACAGUCUGCCUGUUCAUCUCAAUCAGGACAACUCUCUGGAUGUGACAGGAGAAAAAGAAACACUCGGAGAUAGCCUCAAAAUUAGUGAAAAGUCUUUUGUCUCGGAGGCUGAGAGUGCACGGAGUGGUGGUAAGAAGCUUCUGUGGGACCAUGGAGCAGACCUGGGGUAUGAAGACAGUGAGAGAUUUCUGCAAACGAUGAAAUCAGAUACAGAAACACUGGAGGCUAGUCCUGGUUCAGAAGAAAGGAGCUACGAGUCGUCAGGAAAAUCCAGCCAGAAAACCAAGGACGAGAGCACAGAGAAAGAUGAUACAUCAGACGUAGUUUCAGAUCAGCUAGAGGUGGAGAUCGAUGAAAUUCGUAUUGGUAAUGUUGCACCUGAUGUUGAAGAGAUCAUUGCGAAGUACCAAAAGAAGAGUGGGCCACCCUUAAUGGAGCCUCAAUUUGAGGAGGAUACAACAGGACUUGCUAACAGAGUUUUCCAAAUCCUGACCACAGAACACCCAGAAAAACAGGCCACAGGGAUAUUGGAGAGAGUUGUAAAGGAGGAGGGUAAACUCAUCCAAAAAAUGGCCGAACUUCCAAAACUUGAUUCUAGUUACGAUGGAUAUAAUCUACCCUCCGCAGAUAGCAGCUUUGCUCCAAAGGAUAAAGACAUCAGAAAGCAACUGGAGUGGUCUGAGAUGAGUUCCCUUGACUAUGGUCACCCUGACAAGACUGGACUCUCAGAGAUGUCAUUUAGGACUGGCCUGCCUUUCAGUGCCCUUGGAAAUGCAAAGACAUUCCUUUCAUCACAGCUACAGAAAAUGUCUGACCAAACAUUUAAUCACAGCAUUGAGCUGCGAACACCUUACAGGAAUGUUGUGGAAUGUUAUACUGUGUAUGGCACAGAGCAGAAAGGAGCAUCAAAAGAGGCAUGGCCACCCAAGGAUAAGCAAGGGAGACAAUCAGAGACAGGUCAAGGGAGAGAACCCCGUGCUGAUAGGAACAGAAGGGAAAUUGAUCCAUUGUCAAAUGAGAGAUUUUUCCUUAACUCUUUGGAUACGACCCCUGUAGAGUUAAGGCCGCGCCGCUAUAGUGAUCCUAGAGAGCUCUCCCCAGAGGGGCGGGGAAGCAGGGAAGGACAUAGCAGAAGUAAAUCUGAAGAUAGUAAGUCUAUCCUACCAGAGAGUGACCUUCAAAGAGACAUGUCACGACCCCUGACCUCAUCAAGUAGCACAGGAGGAGCCAGACCCAAGAACAUAUCCUCUUCAGGCCAGAGAGUGGAGGGUCACUCUGAUGGUACACCCCCAGUUGGUAGAAGAAAGCCAUACAAACCUAAGUUGAGAGACAGCAGUCCUGGGAGUGGAAUGUCCCCCGGGGAUUCCGAUGUCAGUAAUUCUAGUGCAUCCCAUCGUAGAGAGGGACCCAAACUGAGGCCAUACAGGCCCCCUGGCAGUCGUGAGGUAUAUUACACAGAGACUGACGAUUCAGUGGCUGACAGUGUUACUACAUUGGAAAGUACACACACAGGCUCUGAUGAUGCAGUUGGCCCUUAUAUUCCUUCCCAACACCUAGGAAGCAGACAAGAUGGUCCAAGAUCCUCUGGUAUCUAUGGCAACCGGAGUAAUUUGGAUGUUGUUGAGGAUGCUCUGUCAACAAUCGAGGAGAAAUCCAUUUCUGAUGACAGAGAGCGAGCUUUGGGUGACCUUGCCAAUCCUUUAAGUGACCUUUACAAACGGGAUAGUGGUUUAGAACACAGCUCUAGGGUUCCCAUGGCAACAGACAGAGCACCAUCUGUUGGUAGUGAUCACUUCUCCAACAGGAGUGGUUCAUCAAGAGCUAGUGAUCAUCUACAUAGUCAUGACCAGUCCACUGGACUCCAUUCCAGUCAUCCUCAUAGCUCUGAAGGAGGUCGUAAUUUUGAUAAUUUCUAUGAAGAAAGUAGGAUGUCUAUGACAACACGAUCAGAUCCUGGUGACCAGUUUGCUACUCCCCGACGUGUGCGUGAUGUUUCAACAAUUUCGGGUCAACAGGCACACAGCAGUAGGGAGACCAGCAGUGAUAACCUUGUUAAAAGUAAGUCAAGGUCAGAAACUGACCUUGUGACAAUGAGUCCUGAAGGAAAGCAGAUUUCGUCCUCUCCAGCCUCCCGGGGAAGACUGAUGGAUAUGUCUGCCCAGCCAUCACCCAUCUUGUCUUAUCCUAAUUCCCUCAUCUCACCUGCAUUUCAAGGAGCUGUGAGACAGUUGAAUGAGGCAGACAGAAUUCUAAAUCAGGUAUUUGGACCUGAAAGCAAUGGUGACUCAUUAGAUGCUGAUGAAAGGAAAGGGAAUUCAUUUAGAGAAUCUGAUAGAAGACCCAUGGUGAGAGAUGUUCCAUAUUCAUCUAGGAGACCAGUAGAGGAUGAGUAUAGUAGAGCUAAUGUACAAAGUAGACAACCUCAAGAAGAGGUAAGGAGAAGAGAGGAUUAUAGAAGCAGAAGACCAGCAGAUGAUGACUAUAGCAGAGGAGCUGAUGCACAGAGUAGACAACCUCAAGAAGAGAGUAGGAGAAGAGAAGAUUUUGGAAGUAGGAGAUCUCCAGAUGAGGGGUACAGUAGAGGGGCUGAUGUACAAGGUAGACGACCUCAAGAAGAGUUGAGAAGAGAAGAUUAUGGAAGCAGAAGACCAGGGGAUGAUAUAAAUGAGAGGAGGAGAGACAGAGAGGAUAGGAGUCCAUUAGAAAGGAGGUCAGGUGAUGAUAGGAUGCUCACUGAAGAUGUAGGAAGAAAAAGCUUGGAAGAAAAAGAGCCACUUGGUGUAAAAAGGCCAGAAGAAAUUCAGCCUGAAUAUGUCAGAUCCAGACCACAGGAAGAAGAAAUCUAUGACUAUGCCAAGAAAGAAGACAAACCAGACCGAGCCACACCUAACCAGUAUGACCAUUUGGGAGAUAUCAUGAAGCAGUACCAGAGUCGGCCACUUGAGCCAGGCAGGGAUUCGCUAGACUAUGACUCCAGACCCAGAUCCACAGAGCUAGGGAGAGAUGGGUACACAAUUAGUGCUGCUUCAACUCGACCAUCUCAUUACCCAUCCAGAGGAAAUGUUGGCUCAAGGUCUGACAGGUUACAGGAUGUAGACAUUCCAAGAACAUCAGCUUAUUCAAGGCCCAUGGAGGAUGAUAAUACAAGAUUCGACAGACGACAGGAUAUAGAAAUUCCUUCAAAAUUUGUUUAUCCUCCUCCAGUGGAGAGUAGCUACAGCACUCGUCCAGCAGAGAUUGUAUCUAAUGAUUACAUUGCACCAGACAGACCUAUGUCAUUUGAGAGUCGACCACUUGAACCAGGGACUGAUCUGUAUCAGUCAAGAGCUCCAGUGGAAUCAUCAGGCUUUUACAGUGGACGCAGUGACAGCGAUAAGGAAUACAAGAGAGUUUCUCCACUAGAACCUGGUCAUGGCUUGGAAAGCAGAUCUUUGGAAACUGGAGGUGACCUUCCAUACAGGUUAGGGAGUGAAGAUCUAUUAACUCGGCCCCUAGAGCCAGGGAGAGGUCUAAACAGUCACCCAUUGGACAUGGCCACUGACGUACCCUACAGAUCUGGAAGUGACAUUUACCAACAAAAAUCUGCUACAGACCAUGAAUCUUACAAGUCUUCUUCAGCUGAUUUCCUAGAGACUGGAACCAGGCAAGCACUAGAUGAUGUGUCAGCUGACCAGAGAGGGUCAAAGGUCGACAAACAUGAUUACAUUGAAAGAGAGAGGGGGUGGUCUCUGGACAGGGGCCAGGAUUAUUUGGACAUGUUUAUACCACGGGCCAUAGACAAAGAAACAAGGAGAGAUUGGUCUGAUGAGAGAAGAUCUGAGGGUCAAAGGUCAAGGGAAAGGUCAUCUGAGAGACUGAAUAGGUCAAGGUCACCAGCCAACAGAAGCAGUGAGAGAGAGCUGAGGGAAUAUCUGGUAGAUGGGGAAAUUUUCACUGAACUACCACAGGUUCCAGAUGAAGAGUUUGAAGACAUGGUGAGGACAGAGAGGUUAAAGGCAAAGAAAGAGCUAGAGCUAAUGAGAAAAAUGAAGAGACCUAAAGGCCACAUUUUAUCUGAGGAAGAGGAGAAGGAAUUUGGGGCUGAAUUUGACAGCAUCCCACCCAGUAAGAAAGCCCAGGCCCUUAGAGAAACCCUCGAGAGGGAUAGAGAUCCAUCUCUUCCUGCCAACAUCAAUGACCUGUGGAAGAAAUUCCAGGAGAUGAACGAGACACAAAGUGACAGCAGCAUGAAUACAUCGCGGAUUGAAACCCUGACCAGUCUGCUGCGGAACCCAACAAAGCAUGUCGUACAGAGGGCACUGGAUGACCGGACAUACCAAAAGGUCAAGGAGAGGAGGGUUGUACAGGAGCUGGCAGACAUGGAGAGAGGAACACAGAGUAAGGAAGGGGACAGCAGGUCAAGAGAUGGAGAGAAGUGGAGGAUGGAGAAGCAGAAGAGACGACAGACACUGAGUGAAGACAAGAGUAACGGCAGCUACGCAGAAAUCCUGGCAAAGCAGAAGAAAACAGCAGGAACAGAAAAGAAGCAGAAGAAUAAGGAAAAUAAGAUGAAGGGAGGUAAAAGUGUCAGGGUUCAAGAGGUGAAGAAGUGUGAGAGUGCUGAUACAUUGUACUCCAUCCCAGAGGAUACAAGCUUCGAGUCCAGUAGAGGAACAUCACCUAAUGUGCUGACAGAGUCCCAGAAGAAAGCCAAGAAGCACAGGCAGAAGAAUGUGAUUGAUCCUCUAAUGGUGAAACUGAAAGAAAAGGUGGAGACUCAGAAGAAUAAGAUUGAUGUGGAGAGAAGAAAGGAGAUGAAAAGAGUGGAGAAACUGAAGAAGCUGGAGAUGUUACUGGGAGCUAAGAAGAAAGGGAAGCUUUCUGAUAAGGCAAUCUCUGCUGAGCUGGAGAAUGUGUCCACAACCUCUGUUCCACUGUCAGAUGAGUCAUCCACCUUCCUACAUUCAGAUUCCACUCUGAUGGAGGAUUCAGGUGAUUCCACCCGGCCAGUUCUUGAUUCAACUUCAUCCAAAGACAGCAGCAUAGAGCUGCAGAGAACUCGUAUCAGGAAAUCUAAAGACAAUAGGGACUUCCAGAAAUCGUCAUCUGCUGCCAUUCUUCUAGAAGAUUCUGAAUCCCAGAGUGAUAUUAUUGUAAUCCGUAAACCAAAGACAAAGCAAAAGAAAGAUAAAUUGAAUGAUGAAGCAGGGCACAGGUCAAGAGAUCGCAAGAAACAUCGAGAGAGGGAGUCAUCUCCAGCCAGAGAGAAAUUUCAUUUGGAGACAUCCCCUGUUAGGAGUAGGAAAUUGAGAGACAUUGGUACUAUGUAUCCCUCCCCAAUUGUAGUCAGUCCUCCAACAAUGAGGAGAAGACCUAAGGAGGUAGCAAUGAAGUCUGAGGCUGUACAGACAACGGGGAGGAAUGCUUCCCCGUCCUACAGCAACACCAUGGUCAUUCCUGUCCCCCUUAUGUCACCAGAGAGUCAGAGGAAAUCCAGAUCAUCUCACUCAUCUAGGGAGGGAAAGCAUCACCACCAGAGAGGGUCACAUCAGGAGUGGUCCCCAGACAGGUCAAAUCUGAUUCAUCGGUCGUAUACCCCUCCUAGAGCAAAGUCACCCUCAUCAAAGUCGUCUGGUCAACAGAGAGUCAAGUCAGCUUCUCCUGUGACACAAUUCACAAGUCGUCAGAGAACUGGGUCAACUUCUCCUGCCAGAUCCAAGAUGUUUGUUCCAGAGUCAGACUCAGAGUAUGAGAAAUUUACAAUGAAGACACCUCCCAAAAAUAAAAUGUUUACCCCCGAGACCCCCGAGGAUGAGUACACCGCCAAAAUGAGGGACAGUCCAAGAGGCAUGGCUUGGUACAUCCCCAUGGAUAAGGAGGUCAAACCUUGGAGAAAGCCACUUAAAGAACAACAGGCUCAUGCCGUGCGCAAUGAACCAUGGCAACCAAAGAAUGUCAGCUCCACCCAGUGGAAGAACAUCGUGAACUCGGACAUCAUGAACAAAUCACGUGACACAAAGUUUGAUUUGAACCCUGAAGGAGAACCGAUUGAGAACAAGGAGAAUACAAUGGAGGAGUCGGACGAAGAUAAUUCAGAGUCCAAACCCCUCAACAAAAUGUCUUUACAAGAGGCCUUUAAGCUCUACAAACAAAACACAAUUUCCCGAGUCCGUGAGCGCCAGAAACGAGUAACCCUUGCAACAGAGGAACGAAGACUGGUGACAGCCAUGGAGGCAGAAAGAGAACGACUGUUUGCCGAGCAGAAAAAGAAAGAAGCCAAUCCUGAUGCUCAUCCGUAUAGUGAAAAUCUCCAUGUUCCAAAGAGAAGAUCCCUCACUAAGCAAGAAAUGAAAGAACGUACUAAAAAGUCAUACAAAAAACUUGCUGAGGUUGUUGAGAAAAAGAAACAAGAAAAACGACAGGAAGAUUACGCAUUGAACAGAUUGAAAGCCAAGGUGUUCAACAGGAGAAUACAAAGACAUGUGUUGAAAAAGAGUGCAACCUUGAGAUAAAAUGGCAGCCACUUAUUUGUUCCUUGUGGAAUUCUUGUCUGUGAUAUUGACUUUGUCAGUGAAAUGCCUGACACUUAUAGUUAGAAAAUCUAAUAGGGAUAAUUGUACAUGUUUUAAUGCCUUAUGUCAUAUUGAUAUUUAAGUAAUUACCACUAACUCUUAGCUAGAUCACAAAUUAGGGAGUGAUUUUGAAGUCUAGAAAUCUCUAUUUUUUAGAUAAUACAGACUCCUAAUAUCUCUUUGUCUUGUCAUUUGAGAAAAAUUGUAUUUGUGCCAUUUUGUUCAGUGGUGGGGGAGUCAAGUAAUAUGUCAAGAGUUGUCUGUUCUUGAUAGUGCUGUUAAGCAUUAAUAAAUUAGACAUGGGCAUUCCCUUUGCUAGGAGUAUAUCUGGUAUUCAUUACAGACCUAAAUGUAUUUUAUUCUGGACAUAUGAUCCAAUAUUUAAUAAAUUAAUGAAUGCUUCA